AUGCGCCUUCUGGCGGUGUGCUUGGUUGCAGCACAAGUCUCUGGUCUCCAAGUCAUUACGAAGACCGUGUCGCGACAAUGUCCGACCCGAACGACUACCAUCUUCCCUUCGGUUGGAUGGAUUUCCAAUGAUGGUUCCUCGAUACCGUUCACCUUCACGCCAUCGGACUUGAUAUUCUCAAGUCCGUCUUUCACUGCACCUGGGACUGUGGUACCUAGUCCGUCGGCCUACCCAAAUGGCACGUUGACAGCCUCAGCCACAUCAGCUUCGAUCACGAGCCUUGCUACCGAGUCUACUUCUUCGGUGUUGCUGGUCACUAAGCUGUCCAUUUAUGGCGGAUACGUAACGACAGCAACGUUCCCUGGCGGGUUCGUGACCACUUAUACGACUGGAGGCACGACACAGACGGUAGUGGAGCCAGCUGGACCAACCGUAACAGGCGAUAGCGGUGGAAUCGUGGCCGAAGAAGCUGUUGGGCCUUGUCCACUGCCCGAUGGUCAGCAGAUUGAAGACAAUGCUGCUAAUUGGAUAGCAGCUUGUUCAGUCGUUUUCCAAGGCGAGGUCAUAUCAGACAUUCUCGCGCGUACGAUAGCGGCGCGAGACGCUGCGAAUGACUGCAGUUUACAGUGCUCAGCAAAUUCAGCUUGCGUUGCGUUUACCUACGAUGGCGUGGAGUGCACCUUCUACAACACCAUCACCAACCAGUACUACAUUCAGACGCCCAACUUCUCGGCACUGCGUCUGAACACCACUGUUGCGGGUGGGACGAGCCCACCUGAUGAUGGCGUCGAGAAUGUGACGAUCAUCUAUACGCCGAUUCCCUCCACGCAGCUAAUCACAACGAGCAUUCCGUACACCACUACUGUGGCUUACGCCCUACCCGAGAGCACAGUUUUCACAACGCAAACUACGACGAUUGAACAAGUCAGCACUCUCUAUCUGAGCGCACAGCCCGUGACCUCAUACUCUACUAUUAGCCUCACAAUAACAAAUACAGUGCCUGGUACAGCGGCCGCGCCCACGAUCACCAUUAUUUCUUCACCUUCGGUCGAUCCUGUCACGACGACGCUACCCGCUAACACAGUCGUUCUGCCGGCGAGCACAGAAGUCAUCACUAUCACGGGCACGACGACACAAGGGGGCUCCACUGUCGUCUCGCUGCGUGAAGUGACGUCCACAGAAGUGAUGACAUACACUGCCGAGGGUGCCGUUCAAGUCUCGACACAGACCGUAUUGCUUGACCCAACGACUUCGUACUUCACAAUAUAUACGCCUCUGACGACGACCGUGCUUCAGCCCACCACUGUUCGAGAGGAGAUCACGAUCUUGACAACAGUGCUCUCAAUCAGCACUUCCAUCAGUGUAAUUCCAGCAAGUACCAUCACCCAAACAUUCGAGACUACCUACCCGGCGUCCACCUUGACAGUUACGACCUCGAUCCCCGGCGAGCCAUCGACACGCAUCUUGGUGACCACGCAAAGCGCCAGCACGGAGACCAUCACAACUACCAGCAAUCAAUCGGCUUCAACUCUGACGCUCGAAGUCACUUUCACCACGGACCGUGUCGUAAUCCAAACUGCGGAAACGCUUCCUGCGGUGACUACAACAGAGCUGUCUAGCUAUGCUGUUGUCACGACACAAGAAAUCACGCAAACUCUGACAGAGCUCAGACCGAUCGUGAGCACCUACCUCACGAGCUACUGGCUCACUGAGACGGAGCUGAGUAUUUCUCGAGGGCCAACGACGAUCGUCUCUACACAAGAAGCCAGCACCAUUGUGAGCACAUAUCUCACGAGCUACUGGGUAACUGAAACAAAAUUGAGCAUCUCCUUGGUCCCAACAACAGCUACCUACACACAAGAAGCCAGCACGGCUACCGUGACUUUAACAGAAUUGUCCAGCUACCCAGUCACCACAACGGCCGAGCUGACCAGGACGGAAACGGCUACGAGUCUCGAAGUUAGCACAUACCUUACAAGCUACUGGAUCACCACGACAGAAUUGAGCCUCUCCCUCGUUCCCACAACAGUCACCUCUACGCAGCUGGCUAGCACAGUGACCCUUACAGAGCUAUCAAGCUAUCCAGUCACCACUAUAGCCACUUCCACACAGUUAGCCAGUACCGUGACAUUAACUGAACUGAGCCUCUCCCUGGUUCCCACAACAGUCACCUCUACGCAGCUAGCUAGCACAGUAACCCUGACUGAGCUAUCAAGCUACCCAGUUACUGCCACAACGGAGCUCACACUUACGGAAACUGCUACGAGUGUCAUCAUUACCACUUUCAGCACCUCGUACUGGAUCACGACUACCGCUACUUCAAUUCUCCCCCAGGUCACGGAAACAUUGAUCGAGACGAGCACGACCCUGUCCCAGCUUGCCGCAUCCACAAUCCUCACCACCAGCAUCAGUACCAGCGUCAGUACGUACACAUAUGUCAGCACCGCUGAUGCAGUCACCAAAACUCGCACAAUCAGCCAGACACUCACUUCAACAUUCACCCAGCCGGCCUCUACUCUUUACAUUACCCAAGUAUCCACGAGGACUCAAACUGUUACCGCUACCACGACGUGCAACGUUUUACCAAUGCCUACAACGUGCGGCAAUACAGGCGCCGAGUUUGCCACAUUUCAGUUUUUAUCCGGCAACGACUUCAGUCCCGACUAUAUGAAAACUGCACAAUCGCCGAUAAGGCUUCCUCCGACAGGUGUGGCACCACAGAUCGGAACUGAAGUCGUGCUAGAUCCACAGUUGAGAUCAUAUGGACAAUCUUUAGGGCCGGGUCAGGGCCGAGAUUAUGUUAACGUGAAUCAUCGGGCAUGGUUAUACGCACCUGAUUGCGGGACGUACAUUCUGACACUUGUUGGUGCCGACGAUCGCAUCCAGGCCUGGGUUGGCGAUCUUGCCAUCCGCGGAUACAGUAAAAGUAACAUACAGGCAGAAGCAAGUUACUUUGGCCAAUUUCGGACUAACAAAAUCACCUUCACUUCGAGUGGCGGUGAAUAUAUCCCAAUCCGCUGGGUAUUUUUCAAUGCAGCGGGUGGCGUGCGGCUGGAUUGGAAUAUAGUCGGGCCAGGAGGUAAUACGGUGCUGAGCCAGGCCAGUACCUAUAUAGGCUCACCUCUACUUCUGACGAGGUCCUGUGAUGGGAGUAAAGUAUUUAGCGAUGCAUGGGGCGCAGAGUCUUGA